AUGGACAAAAGUUGGAUGACAGCUAGAAAGUUUUCUAGAGAAUAUGUACAGGGCGUUCAAUCAUUUAUGAAGUUUGUGGAUGAACACAUUGGCCAAGAACGUGAGAUUAAGUGUCCUUGUACUUUUUGCUUGAACUCAUAUAUUAGAAGUAAAGAAGAAGUGCUUGAUCAUCUGCUUAUUCGAGGUAUAGAUACUGAAUACACUAGGUGGAUUCAUCAUGGUGAAUUAUUUGAUUAUCAAGUUCCUCGUAGUGAUUCUGAUAAUGGUUCUGUGAAUGAGGAUGACGACCACACAAAUGGAGUGAACGACUUGUUGAACGAUCUUGGAAAUUUUUAUGAAAAUACUCGUCGUUUUGAUAAAGACCAUAACACCAAUGAAAGUGAGGAAAGUGAAGAUAUACCUAUGACGUUUCUUGAGCUAUUACGUAAGGCUGAACAAGAACUUUAUCCAGGUUGCUCAAAGUUCUCAACUUUAUCUUUUAUUGUGCAUUUGCUCCACAUAAAGGUUUAUAAUAAGUGGAGCAAUAAGUCAUUUGACAUGAUGUUAACACUGCUAAAAAAAGCUUUACCUCAUGGUGAAACUCUUCCGAAAUCAUACUAUGAUGCAAAAAAGAUUUUAAAUGACUUGGGUUUGGGAUACACUGCAAUCCAUGCAUGUAAGUAUGAUUGUGCUUUAUUUUGGAAAGAGUAUGAAAAUUAUCAAGAGUGUCCAGUUUGUGGUACUUCUAGAUGGAAAGUUAGUAAUGCUAAGAGAAAGCAAAUUCCUCACAAAAUAUUGCGCUACUUUCCUUUAAAGCCAAGGUUGCAGAGGUUGUUUAUGUCACCGAAGACAGCAGCAGAUAUGAGAUGGCAUUCGGACAAGCGAAUAAAUGAUGAAAAAGAGUUGAAACAUCCAGCAGAUGCAAGAACAUGGAAAGAAUUUGAUCAACAACACCCAUAUUUUUCAAAAGAUGCCCGUAACAUACGACUUGCUUUGGCAACUGAUGGCUUCAAUCCAUUUGGUACUAUGAGUAAUUCUUACAGCAUGUGGCCCGUCAUUAUCAUUCCAUACAACUUGCCGCCUUGGAAAUGCAUGAAGAAGUCAUAUUUCAUGAUGUCAUUGCUCAUUCCUGGACCACAUCAACCAGGUAAAGAUAUUGAUAUAUACCUACAACCAUUAGUUGAUGAAUUAAAAGACUUGUGGAAUGAAGGUGUGCAAACCUAUGAUGCAUUUUCUAAGAAGAAUUUUCAAAUGCAUGCUGCUCUUUUAUGGACAAUUAACGAUUUUCCUGCGUAUGGUUGUGUGUCUGGUUGGAGUACAAAGGGUUAUAUGGCAUGCCUUGUCUGCAAUAAACAUACAUGCUCAAAGGGAUUGAGAAGUAAAAUUUGUUAUAUGGGUCAUCGUCGAUACUUGCCUCGUGGUCAUAAAUGGCGAAAAAAUAAAAUCAAGUUCGACGGAAAAGAAGAAUUAAACAUGGCACCGAAAUACUUCUCUGGAAAUGAUGUAUCUCAACAAACGAUGCAUUUAAAAGGUGUUAAAGGUGGAAAACAUCCCAGUUUAAAGAAAAAAAACAAGCGAGAUAAACAAGAUUUGAAUUGGACUAAGAGGAGCAUUCUUUUUGAAUUGCAUUAUUGGAAGACAAUACUCUUAAGACACAAUCUUGAUGUCAUGCACAUCGAAAAAAAUAUUUGUGAUAAUAUUUUGGGGACGUUGUUGAAUAUGGAUAAGAAGACAAAAGAUACAUAUAAAGCAAGGAAAGAUUUGGAGGAUAUGAAUAUUAGAAAGGAACUGCAUUUAAAAAAAAGAAAUGAUGGGAGGUAUGUUAUACCACCGGCAGCUUAUGCAAUGUCUAAAAAAGAAGGACAACAAUUUUGUGAAUUUGUUAAAGCACAAAAGUUUUCAGAUGGAUAUGCUUCUAAUAUUGCUCGUUGUGUAAAUGUGUUUGAAGCUAAGUUAGUGGGUUUGAAAAGUCAUGAUUGUCAUGUUCUCUUGCAACGGGUACUUCCAUAUGGCAUUCGUGGAUGUUUGAGCAAAGACAUAUACGCUGCAAUACUUGAGUUAGGGGAUUUCUUUCGGAGGUUGUGUUGUAGAAAGUUGAUGGUAGAAGACGUAAAUAAAUUGGAAAAAGAUAUUAUUGAGAUAUUGUGUAAACUUGAAAUGAUUUUUCCACCAGCUUUUUUUGAUGUUAUGGUGCAUUUAGCUAUGCAUCUACCACGUGAAGUUAUGUUAGGUGGCCCAGUUCAAUACCGAUGGAUGUACCCUAUUGAAAGAUAUUUAGGUACAUUAAAGGGUUACGUACGGAAUAAAGCUCGUCCAGAAGGGUCUAUUGCAGAAGCUUAUAUUGUGAAUGUUUGA